AGACAACUUUUUGCCUCAGAAACUGCUUAACCAUUUUUGCCGCGGAAACUACCUAACAACCUAGGCAGCUCUUUACAAUAGACUUUGCCCAUCAAAAGGCGGUUGAGUUGGUUUGGCGCUACGUGUCCGUACUGGGCGACAGACCGACAUGGCUACCGCAUGUGUCAACAAACGGCCAGAUUAAGCCCACACCGAAGCCCUGCUUACACAGGUAUCUGAUACCUAUCAACCAAGCGAUCUUAGUUCAAUAAUCACCACUUUCAUCUCAAAAUUAUAUGUUUAAGCGUCCUCAGAACUUGUCUCUCUCAAUAUUGCACAUGACAAUCUCAUGACUGGCUUGUUCUUGAGGGGUCUAGUAGUGAUUGAUAGUUCACAAGCUCACCUUGACUCACUCACCACACCUUCCCCACAUGCACCGAGCCGGGCAGUUCCAGCCGCGCAAAUUGCCUCACCACCAUUCCUGCUCCUCGCCAAUCGAAGGAUAGCGGGCGUGAUAUGCCGAAAGGGUCCGUUAUCAGUCAAGCUCAUCAACCCCUUAUUGGAGACUCUGCUUCUUCAACUUGACCCCGCCGUUAUUUUUGACAGUCGACUCGCGUCAGGGGGAAGGAAGAACCGCAAUCUGGCAUGCACCUCGCGUCUCCGAGGCACGCGUUCGUGCUUAUAUCCCCGAAAGGAUGUGCCUCCAAUGAUUGGAUGGCUCGUCUGUCGGGCGCAUAGCCUCGGCCUGCUUUGUGAAGAGCAAACUCCUCUAUCUGAGCCCGCCCAAGUUGAUGCGCUGCAGACAAACAGACAAUGGGCGCAUUCUGCAGCGCCGACAGACAGACCAAGUUCCCCAUCCCGUCUCGGCGAAACAGCCGCUUCGGUUAUUGUGGACGGCUUUUCCAGCAUCUCCAAAGGAGCCAAAGACGGCACGGCUGAACCUCACCGGCCCGCAGCGAGACCAUCCCCCCUGCCAACAGGCAAAAGGAAGGCAUAGCGAGGCGCACCCUGUCUGUUUCACCAAUGCCAAAACAGCCCUGUCGGUGUGCGUGUCUCUUGACCUCGUGGCCCGGAUGCACAGGCUAAUCGUGAACUGGCCGAGAACCAAGCCCUGGGAAGACGGCUCACCGCAGAGCUAGGUCAUAGCUCUCUUCCGCAUUGGUGCUGCUUCCGUCUUGGUGCCGC